UGUGAUUCAUCACUCCAGAAUCACAGUCCUUAAAAGAGACCCUCUUCCGUUUUUUCCUAAAACCUGAGCAAAGACUUUUCCCCAACGUCUUCACAGUUCACACACAACAAACUCGCCGGAGAAAAUGGCCGACGCAACGGCGUUCGCCGUGGAUCCUCUACCGGCGAAUUUAAACGGAGAAUUCGAUUCCGGCCUCGAUACGCCGCCUCUCGAUACCAAUUUCUUCACCGAUCACAUGCUCGAUAUUGUUGGUCAAUCAGGCGACGACCAAAACGACGACGUCGUAAUCGAAGACCUAGAUUUCGAUUUCUCCUUCGACGAUCUCUGCCUCCCUUCCUCCGACGAUCUCGACGACCUCCUCAAUCCCACCGGAUUGCAGCAAUCCGAUUUCCAAUCCGGAAUAGAGGCCAGUUUUCCCCAAUUCGAACCGAAUUUCGAUCAAUUGCACGGCGUUUUCAAAUCGAAUUCCAAGGAAUUGCAUCAUCUUUCCGGGGAAGGUGAUUUACCGGCCGAUCAGAGCUGGGAUGGUUCCGGGGUUCUCAAUUCGGCUUCCCCUGGAACGGAGGCACACCAGAUUUCGACCUACCUCAACAUGCAGUCGCCUGAAUCGAACGGAUCGAAUCCCGGCGGCACUGAAAAUUGUGAUGUUGGUGAAAAGGAAUUGAAUUGCCGUUCGCCGGAAUCUCAGGGUUCUGGUAAUUUCGGGUCUAACGUGUCGGAGGAUUCAAAUAAUUGCACCGUCAGAUCGGUAAGUUCUUCCCCAAAUUCGAGUAACAGGUCAAUUAGAACUGGAGUUGUAGAUCAGAAUAUUAAAUUAGAGGAGCCGGGUAAUAACAAAAAUAGCAGUAAUUCUUUGCUGAAACGGAAAAAGGAGGGUGAUGAUGUGAUUGUUGAUAAUGUCGAAUCGAGGAUUAAUAAGUGUAGGAAAUCUAACUGUGACACAGACAAUGACAAUAGUAGCAACGAAAAUGAGGGGGGGUCGAUGGAAGAGGAUGAGAAAAAGAAGGCAAGGUUGUUGAGGAAUCGGGAGAGCGCCCAAUUGUCUCGACAGAGGAAGAAACAUUACGUAGAGGAGUUAGAGGAUAAAGUGAGGAACAUGCAUUCAACCAUUCAAGACUUGAAUGCAAAGAUCUCAUACUUUAUGGCCGAAAAUGUGACUCUCCGGCAACAAAUGGGUGGUGGUGGUGGUGGAGCUCCUGCUGCCGCCGCAGUUCCGCCUCCUCCAAUGGUGCCGCCACCUCCCGGAAUGUACCCGCAUCCUGCCAUGAUGUAUCCAUGGAUGCCUUGUCCUCCACCUUACAUGAUGAAACCACAAGGGUCUCAUGUUCCUUUGGUUCCGAUUCCGAGGUUGAAGCCGCAGCAGCCAUCACAGCCCCCAAAGGCAAAGACAAAUAAGAAGGUGGAAAGUAAGAAGAAAGAGGGGCCAAAGACCAAGAAGGUUGCAAGCGUUAGUUUUCUCGGUUUGUUGUUUUUCAUAAUGUUGUUUGGGGGCUUGGUCCCAAUGGUUAAUGUAAGAUAUGGAGGAGUUAGGGAAACACUUGCAGGUGGAGAAAGUUAUAUUAGAGGCGGGUUUAACGAGAAACACCGUGGGAGAGUUUUAAUGGUAAAUGGUACCGAAUAUGGUGGUAGAAGAGAAUUUAGUAAUAGUAAUAGUAGUGUACAUUGUGGUCAAAGAAGCGAUGGUAGCGCGGUGGAGCCAAGUGCAGAUGAAUCUGGUCAAUCGCGCAAUGGCAGCGAACCACUUGCGGCGUCUUUGUAUGUUCCUAGGAAUGAUAAGCUUGUUAAGAUAGAUGGGAAUUUGAUUAUCCAUUCAGUGUUGGCAAGUGAGAAAGCUAUGGCGUCACAUGGCAAGGGAGGUGGUGGGACUGGUCUGGUGGUCCCCGGAGAUUUAUCUCCGGCGAUUUCUGUUUCAGGUGUGGGAAGAAAUGGUGCUAUACAGCCCCAACUAAGGGCUAUUGGUUCUGGUUCUGCAGUCAAGGAUAGUGUGAAGUCAACCGCAACUGAUGGCAGGCUUCAACAAUGGUUCCGUGAAGGGCUUGCUGGCCCAAUGUUGAGUGCUGGCAUGUGCACCGAAGUUUUCCAGUUUGAUGUGUUGGCAGCUUCUCAACCAGUAUCCAUGGUUCCAUCUACCACCACUACAAGAAACAUAUCCGAAGAAACGAACAAAAACUCAACUCAUGGCCUAAGCAAAGGAAUGAAUAGAAGGUUCCUCCAUCCUAUUCCACUUCCGGAACCUGCCAGAAACGUCUCCACAGAACAUUCCGGAAGAAGUUCGGAGAAAGAGGACCUGAACGGGAACCACAACACAUCUUCAAUGGUGGUUUCCGUUCUUUUCGAUCCUAGAGAAGCGGGUGAUGCUGACGUGGACGGUGUGAUGGGGGCAAAGUCCCUGACGAGGAUUUUUGUUGUUGUGUUAAUCGACAGUGUUAAGUACGUGACUUACUCGUGCAUGCUUCCGUUUAAGGGGUCCGCUCAUCUCGUGACGACAUGAGAUUUGGAGUGAUCCAACGGCUAGGAGUGUGAGUCAAAGUUUUGUAGAUAGUCAAAGGCGUAAUCUUACUGUAUAACUUAUGUACUCGAAUCGAAUGUAGCUGGAACUAUCUUUAACCAUGUUAACUCUGAAAGUUUGAAAUUUAGGCUGAUGUUUCCAUCUUGUAAUGUUGUCUAUGGACAAUUCAGUAAUAAACUUAUUUUUGGUUUUUAUA